AUUAAUAUUAACCAAGAAUGGCCACAGUCCGCCCGCUAAGGGUCGGUGCAUAAAGUUGCAAUCAUGCAUCGUGGGCGGAGACUACAGCUAGAUGCUUCAAGUCUCGUUUAUCGCGACCAGCUGUUUUUUAUUUUCCAAUCGUGGAAGUUCAACAGAUACAUUUAAACGUUUCCGUCGACUGCAUAAUAAUUUGUCGUGCAUCGCACUCGAGCGUGGUGCAAGGUGCCAGCAGUGAUUGUCGGACUUAUCCGACAUUUUUUUAUUCUCGUUUCGUUAAUAACACCCGUCAAGUUUCACGAGACGUCCAGCGAUAUCUCGGUGCGAACAUAAAUUAAUUGAAAAAAUACGUGGCGAUUAAAACGUGGCUCACCGGGGGAAAAAAGUAAACAGAAAGUAGAAUAUACGUGCGGAUACGUAAUCUCGGUUUAUCGAAAAAGUGGUGCGUUAGCCUCGCGGGUUCUGAACUGCCCGGGAAUGGAUUAACUCGGUGCCCGCCUCGCGAACCAUUUUGUUCAAUUUUUUCGCCAUUUCGCGUCCAGUUGGUGUGCUACGCGAGUCACCGUACGCAGGUAUCUAAUAAGUGCACGAUCCUGGACCGUUUCUAACAAAGGACUGUACAACGAAAUUUAAAUAAUAAAAUAAUCAAUUUUAAAAAUAAAAUAAAUCUUCAGGAAGAAAAUUAAUUUGAGGAAGAAAAUUACCUUGAGGAAGAAAAUAAAUUAAAAAAGAAAAUUGUACAAGUGUGACCUCACGGAAGAUCCAAGAAUAAAAUAGUGUUCAAAGUAUCAUACUUUAAAUUCCUGAUUGUAUAGUAAAUCGUGAGCAAAGUUUAGUUGUCCUGAAGAGAUUACAAUUAGCUCCAACGGAAGUGUCAAGGAUAGAGCAUCGAGUGAACGAAAAAUCAUCAGGGUUGAGAAGAAUAAAAAGAGAAGAUCAGAAACGAUCGAGUAACUGCAUAAGAAUGCUGAGGCUCCUGCUCCCCUCUUAAUUCGGCAUUGUAAUCGUAAGCAGAGUAUGCUGCGAAUGAUUUCGGUGCCAUUCCAUUGGAUCGUUGUGUGAGAAGCAUAGUUCAAACUAGACGCUCUCAUCGACAUUGUGUCGCGUUUAUUACUGUGACUGAUAAUAAGCUACCUGGACAAUGUGGUCAUCAACGAUCGCGAUAUUCGUUUUUAUCGUUGCCUCCAUCGCGGCGAAGACGCUGGACCUCUCAAACCGCGGAAUGAAGAAAGAAGAAUUCUUCGUGAAGUUACAGCAACAGGUCAGCCUAGCAGACAUCCAUGAGCUGAUCCUUCGAGGGAACGAGUUCGACAGUUUCCUAGAUUGUUCCACGAAUCUCGAAAGCCUGCAUGUACUCGAUUUAUCGCAAAAUCAUCUGCAGAAAUUCUUCUUCCUCUGCAAGGACGAGUACAAUUUGCAAGUGUUGAAUGUCAGUCACAACAAGCUGGAGUACAUAGACGACAAUGCCUUCAACGACCGAAUCCCGAAGCUCAAAAAGCUGGAUGUCUCGUGGAAUAGGUUAUCGGUCGUUAACGAGACUAUGUUCCAAUAUUUCAGAGUUUUAGAGUAUCUCACGUUAGCAAACAAUCCGAUCUACGAUGGGAUUCACGAGAACGCGUUCUGGAACCUAACGUCGCUGCAAUAUUUAAACCUGAGCAACGUGUCGAUAUCCCAUUUCACUUCGGACAUGUUCAAAACGUUAAACAACUUAUCCGUCCUAGAUUUAUCGCAGAAUCCCAUGAGUACGGUUCCGUUGUUACCGGUUAGCUUGAAAGUGCUCGACUUAUCCAGCACGUACGUGUCGAGUUUAAGGGGUGUCUAUUUACCCCAGUUACGUGAACUGAAAUUAAACAACAUGCAAGAACUCAGGGAACUGUCUUUAAAUGAUCUCGAAAAUUUGACCAGUCUGGAAGUGCUUUCCUUAGACGGUUCAAAGAAACUGAUACACCUGAAACUGUUUCCGUACAACGCGUACCUGUUGCCACGACUGCAACGCCUUUCUGUCAACGACAGCUCUUUGACGACUCUGGACUACAGUCUGAUAUCGAUAAUAAAGAAAACACCGACUUUGAGUCUGGCAAAUAAUCCCUGGAACUGCGACUGUAGGAUGCUGUGGAUAAAUGUGUCGAAUGUCACCAGGUCACUUAGCCGGGAGAUCAAAUGCCAUACACCAGACAGACAUUUCGACAAGCGACUGAGCGAGAUACCAGAUUACGAGCUGGAGUGCGACGACGAGGCGUCGCUGUUCCAACCAGUUCUUUGGACUUGCAUUUUGAUACUUCUCGUGGCUAUCAUCCUGGCGAUGGGUUUCUUCCUGCUGAGACGACCGCUCGGCCGUUGGGACAUCCGAAGAAAAAACAGGGACACGGUCACUUAUAAGAAUGUGGACGAGUCUAACAACGAUAUGGUGAGAAUUCUGGCGGUCAACGAUGCGAUUGAGCGCAACGACGAAUAAGCGGAGGCGCUUCGCAGAAUUAGAGUACUAGAAACGUAUUACAAUUAGAGUAAGUCGAACGGGACGUUCAAUCAGAUUUGAAUUUCGCGCCAAGUCGUAGGUACACUGUAUAGGACGCUUCAAAAUUGGGGAUGAAUCAAAUAACGAUUGCAUCUUUUGUUGUAUGAUUUGUUGUAAGGUUUGUUGAAGUUUGUUGUAAGAUUUUGCUACAAUUAAUAUUAUUCGAGGUGAGAUGGAGCCUUUAUCGUUGACUCUUGAGAUUUUCAAAUUUUCAAGAUUUAUUCAAGGUUUUGAUUUUCUAAACUGCCAAGGGAAUAGAAUUCCUAAAUUUUUAAGCUUGUGAAUUUCUAAAUUUCCAAAACAACGAAUUUUACAAAUUUUUAGGCU